UGGAAAAGUAACAUUCAACUUUGGAUAAACGAUGACUAUUAAAGACAAAAGAGAAUUCAAUGAAACAGAUGAAAUUGUGAUCAGCAAGGAAAAGCUCGACAGUUUUGUUCUCGAGUGUCUUGCCAAAGCGGGAUGUACCGGAGAUCAUGCUCAACAACUGGCUGAGACUUUAUUAUGCUCUGAUUACAGAGGUCACUAUUCUCAUGGAAUCAAUCGACUUCACAUCUAUGUUCAUGACUUAAUGAUGAAAUCCACUGCUGUCACAGGAACACCACAAGUUCUGAAAUCAAAGGGAAGUACUGCAUGGGUUGAUGGAAAUAAUCUUCUUGGUCCAGUUGUUGGCAACUUUUGUAUGCAAUUGGCUGUUGAAAAGGCCAAAGAGUUUGGAAUCGGAUGGGUAGUAUGCCGUAAUUCAAAUCAUUUUGGUAUUGCUGGAUGGUAUGCUGACUUUGCUUGUCGGAAUGGUUUAGUGGGAAUGGCUUUUACCAAUACAUCUCCAUGUGUAUUUCCGACUGGAUCACGUGAGAAGUCUCUUGGAUCAAAUCCGAUUUGUAUGGCUGCACCUGGAAUGGAAGGAGAUUCGUUCUUUUUGGAUAUGGCUUCGACUACUGUAGCUUACGGAAAAAUUGAAGUUGUUGAUCGUAAAGGAGAAACGUAUAUUCCUGGAAGCUGGGGUGCUGAUAAAAAUGGAGAUGAGACACAUAAUCCAAAGGAAGUUCUUGAUGGAGGUGGUCUUCAACCAUUGGGAGGAUCUGAGAUCACUGGAGGAUAUAAAGGAACUGGACUUUGUAUGAUGGUUGAAGUUCUUUGUGGUAUUAUGGGUGGUUCAGCAUUCGGAAAAAACAUUCGUCAAUGGCAGACAACUAGUAAAACAGCGGACUUGGGACAAUGUUUUGUUGCCAUCGACCCAGAGUGCUUUGCUCCAGGAUUUUCCAAUCGUCUUCAAGAAUUCUGUGAUGAAACUCGCAACCUUAACCCAAUAAACCCAUCAAGACCACCACAAGUACCUGGAGAUCCAGAGAGAGCUCACAUGAAUAUGUGUGAUGAUUUGGGAGGAAUUGUUUAUAAAAAGAAACAACUUGAUCAUUUGAAAAAUCUUGCGGAUCGCCUUGGCGUCAUAAUGAGACUCGUUGACGAAAAGCCUCAAUAAUUCAUCUAAAUAAUUGUGUCCUAUCGUUCUUUAAUUGUUCAUUAAUUGAUUCUUUAAAAUUC